AUGGCAAACUCGAAUCGCACCUUGAAGGAGUUGACAGCACCAACUGCGGUACAACAACCACUUGCAUCACCUAUCCUGGUGAAGCUCAAAGCUUUGAAGCUCAAGUCAGGCAUCCUUCAUCACCUGCCUAAGUUCAAUGGUUUUGGAACUGAGGAUCCUAAUCUUCAUCUCCAUGAUUUUCACAUGAUCAUUACGGGGAUGAAGCCUGACAAUGUGCGAGAGGAUCAUGCUAAAAUGCGUGCCUUUCCAUUCUCUUUGGAAGGAAGGGCAAGAGAGUGGCUAUACUAUCAACCUGCAGGAUCUAUGACAACAUGGGAUCAAGUUCAACAAGCUUUCUUGGAGGAGUAUUUUCCAGCAACUAAGGCAACGAGCAUUAGAAGAGAAAUAUGUUCAAUCAAACAGAUGCAAGGAGAAUCUUUUGCAGAGUACUAUGAGAGAUUCAAGCGGUUGUUAGCUUCAUGUCCCAAUCAUCUAAUAGCUGACCAUCUUCUCAUAGUUUCGUUCUAUGAAGGUCUAUGCAAGUCUGAUCGUCUUAUGAUUGAUGCCGCAAGUGGAGGAGCUUUUGUGAACAAAACACUUGCACAAGCUCAUGAAUUGUGUAAAACCGUAGCUGCCAAUACUAAGAAUUAUGGAGGGAGAGAUGUGGUGCCACACAAAAGUGUCAAUGAGGUAAGUUCUACUUCUAAUUUGGAAACUCAGAUUGCUAACCUCACUAAUCUUAUGCAACAGGUGGUGCUACCUAAACAAGUAUGCGGAGUAUGUUGUAUGGUGGGACAUUAUUUUGAUCAAUGCCCAUCAUUGAUGGAUCAAGGUAGCUUGGAGCAUGCUAAUGCGGUUGGAGGAUUCCAAGGGCAACAAAGGCAGAAGUAUGAUCCUUUCUCCAACACCUAUAAUCAGGGAUGGAGGGAUCAUCCUAACUUUCGAUGGAGCAACAAUGAUAAUGUUUUGCAGCCCCCAGGGAACAACUUCAACCGUCCUCCACCUGGGUUUCAACAAGCAAGGCAACAAAUGCCUUACCAAUCUCCUCCCCAACAACACGCACCAAGUAAGUCUCUUGAGGAUUUAAUUGCUUCUUUGGCUAACUCUCAACAAUCUUUUCAACAGAAAACAGAUAAGUCCAUUGAAAAUCUUGAGCGUCAAGUGAGUCAACUUGCAAACAUGAUGAGCCAACAACAUCAACCCGGCAAACUACCAAGCCAAACCAUCAUAAAUCCCAAAGGAGGGUUUGAGAAUGCAAAUGCUAUUAACUUGAGGAGUGGCAAAGAGGUUCCAGUGGUCCCGAGGGUGAGCAAAAGGGCUAGGAAGGCUGAUAAUGAAAAGGAAGAGAAGAAACAAGAACCAGCUGGCGGAAAAGAUCGAUUUCCAGAAUUAGAAGAUCCCAAGGUAACUCGUGAGGUUCCGGUUUCUACUAAUUCUUCUUUUGUUCCCUUUCCCCAUAGGUUUGCUAAGUCAAAGAAGGAGGAGCUUGAGAAAAGCAUCUUAGACACAUUCCGAAAAGUACAAGUGAAUAUACCCUUGCUAGAUGCGAUCAAACAAGUUCCAAAAUAUGCCAAGUUCUUGAAAGAGCUUUGCACCAACAAGAGGAGGCUAAAGGGGAAUGAAACCGUUGCG